AUGGCUCGACUUACCGCUGUGGACAACGACUUCAAGAUCCAUGUUGACGAGUCUUGCCUGAGUACACCCAUGGAGGACGACACCCAAAGCUCCCUUUCCAACAAGGAAAAUGCCCAACCGGUCGAAGAGAAGUCCCAGAGCAUAGAAACAGAGCCCACUGCACCGGCGGUGGAGGAAAAGGAGGAAGAGACAGCCGAGGCACCUGUCGAGGAGUCUGCACCUCCACUAGUGGAAGACAGCGAGCCUUCGCAAGAGGAGCCUGAAGAUGCGGCACGUCAUAUCGAAAUGGCUGCCGAGGAUGACACGGUGAACGACACUGCCGAUAGCGCUGUGGAUGAUAGCAAUCCUAUGGGCUCUGACGAAGAGGUCGACCAAGGUGGCGAGGAAGACACACCAAUCACCCCAGACGACGAAGCCGGCGAGGACAACGAAGACAACGAGGACACACCGCGGCCUUCUCAACCACCAGGCGAUGGAGAAGACUCGGCCGACACGGAUGUCGAGGAGCAAGAGUGUGGAUUGCAGCGAAAGCCCUCUCUACGGACUGAAGCUCUGAUCCAUGCCGCUGCAAAGGCAGUCGUCGCGCAGCUCGAGGAGCGGGAUAACCCCAUCGAGUCCAUUGAAGAAGAGGACGAGGAGGAGGGUGCGGAUGAAGAACAGGCUGCCGAGGGCGAUCAGUCCAUCCUGAGCCAUACCUCCAACGGCACGUACGAUGCAGACGGAACAGAGAUUUCGCACGAUGCAGCCUCUGAUUACAGUCGCCGUAACUCGGGUGACUCACAUCUUGCUGCUCCCAGCGCUCAUUCAGCCGAAGAUGUCGAGGGUGGAGAUGAAAGCUCUCGUCAUGGGGGCGAUGACGACGUCUUCAGUGACCGAAGCGCCCGGAGCUCACUCGGAUCUUUCAGCAGCGGUGAAGCAGAAUCUCGAAGAAAGUCUGACGACACAGUGCACCGCAGUGACGACAGAUAUUGUCGGCGCUCACCCCGAGUCUCUGGAAUCUCAGACAUCUCCCAGUACGAGAAGGAGGAAUUUGUGCCGGCUGCUCGUGGUACCCCUCGCCCUGCCUUCAGAACACCUUCAGAUGUUCGCGCCAUCCAAAUGUCUUCCCCAGCACCAUCCAUAUUCUCCUCCCCUCGAUCUGGGAAACGCCACACAGGUCAUUCCUCAAUGAGUUUCCCUACAGUCUCGCGCCUCGGGAGUCCGACUGUGUCUGCGCAGUACUCUCCCAAGGGGAGAUCAACGCCCACACGAUUCACAGUCAAGAAAGAGGCGCCGCUUGUGUUGCUCCACGUUACUCUCCUGCCACUCCGCUGGAUUUGGGGCGGCGUGAUCAACGGCCUGGACCACGUCAAAGGACUUGAGCAUUACGAACCCAGCGAGCAGAUGAAGAACCUCCAUAGCGCCUGGCGACAGCUUCAAGACCGUGCUGGCGAUACCGUAUUGGAACGUGGCAUUCUACUUCCCCACCCGCAAAACGACUAUGAGGUUCUCGAAGAACGUCUGCUCGAAGCCUUGGAGCUUCCCCUUCGGCGACGAGCUCGUAUUCUAGAGUGUGGCCAUUACCUAGGGCCGUCGAAUGUCAUGACCCCCGAAGAUGAGGACGAUAUCGAUAGUGACGAUGACUUCACAUCUCAGGCUGUUCAGAAGCGUGGCGAUAAACGCCACUGGUGCCACACGUGUCGAAACGAAAUUCGGUACGAGGAGUUGGGCGAAGGAAGGAUCUUCCGUGUCAAGGUAUUCGCCAGCAACGGCCUGAUGAAAGCUGGAGCUUGGGAAGCCUGCUGGAAGGAGAUGGAGCGCAUUGACGUGGAACUGGAGCCGAUCUUGGACCCUCAGCUGCAAGGCGAGAUCGAGAAGCUCGCCUCUCUGUUGCAGCAGCUGGACGAGCAGCAAGACCACGAGGAAGAGACGAUGGAGAUUAGCCAGCACGAGCUGCCUCCUGCUGAACACGUCCGGAUGGACCGCUCGCCCCCUCCGCUACAUGCCUCGCCCGUCGAGGCUCCGGCGACUACCACAACUGAUGUGGAUGCCGCCCGGCGCCGGCGAGACGAAGAGCGUCUACGGGAGAUCUACGGCCACACCCCGCCGCCCCCAGAGCGGCACGAGGCCACGUCAUCACCGCCAAGGCACCCCGACAGCUACAUCCCACCCCCAUCGCCUCCGUCGCCUAGCGAGCAGGCAUAUGAGCGACGGGAGACCCGACGCCGCUCGUACCAGGGGGCAUCGCUGCCCGAGCUGGCCCUCGAAGCGGCCAAGGUCUUGCUCCAGGACCGCAAGAACAUCGCCAUACUCGUCCUCAGCGUGCUCAUCAUGAUGCUCGUCGUCAGGACGGCGCCUGCGCCGCCCGCGACCGCGGCCGACAAGGAGGCGGAGAUACUGCGCGGCCUGUACGCUCGGCACCAGCAGUCGGAGCAGGAGUACGUGCCGCAGCUCGCGGUGGAAGCGAGCUCGCAGCUGCAGCCACAGCUCGAGAGCACCUCGUCGCUGUUGACGGUGGCGGCCUCGUUGUCGCAGGUCACUGCAGCCACUGUUCCGCCUGCUGCCGAGAGUGUUAGCGCCGAGGUGCCUCGCUCGGAAACUGCCAGCGAGCCACCAGUCGUCGAUGAACACACCGAAGCCCGCAAUCCUUGUGAGACACAAUCCGUGCAGCAGGUUCCUCAGUCGGCGCCGUCGCCCGAACGGGAUACUGUCGAGCGGAGCGUUGUGAAAGUGUUCGAAACCGUGACGGAGACUGUCAAGGUCACUGCUGCGUCGACAGAAGCGACCACCGACACGAGCACUGCCGAGUCGACCCAGAGGACGCCUGAGCAGGUGGUUGAGACCGUGACGGAGACACUCCGGGUCACUUUGACAGAGUCAGUUCCUGUGCCCCAGGGGACAACAAUCAAUGAUCCCCCCGCGGCAGAAGAGCCGCUCGCUGCUGUAAAGGAGGAGGCCAGUUACAUCGAGUCGCCUCGGAGCGAGUUGGUCAGCUCGACUGAGAGCAAGGCAGCGAGCCAAGAGCCGGAGACCACCCUUUCGACUGAGACCGAGCUCCCCGAGCCAACGAUCGUUGCUCAUAAGGAGUUAUGA